AGCUGUUGAAUGACGGCCGUAGCUCUGUUGACACUUUUCGGAGCCGAGACAGCCUCCGGGACCUACACAGGCCUACCUAUUUUACAUUAACACCGUGUAAAAAUAGCAGAUGAAAGGGGAGGAGCGCCCUGUCGUUUGUUUAAUCACCGGGGGAUGUUGCGGACAGAGCGCGGACUGCGUGACGGGACGUCGCGGUGUCGAUACCGAGCGGACGUUUACACAGGUUGAUGAUCCGUUUGGCGCCGAGCAGGGAAGCCAGCAAAAGUAAAUAUACGGUUUUAGUCUAUAGGGCUGUUUCUAGAGGCUUACUUUUAAAGGAGAGAAAGGCGUUGCCGUCUAGUUCCUGGAAAAAUACAUACCAUAAUGUCACUGUUACCGUUUGCAGGUUUAUUCGCUAAAGUUGACGCUCAGACUUGGGCUACAAGCAGCGUGUAGGAGUCAGUACAACGAUCUGUCUUGCACAUUUUGACAGAUAGCCAAUCAAAUUUGUUAUUCAAAUCGGUGCUCUUAUGUCAGUGACCUAUAUCUCAUGCAUGUGCGCCAAGAGCCCACAGUAACCUCUCCACCAGUAGACCAGACAGCAUGGGGAUCGUUGGGUUAGACAAUCAGGCGCAGCCGUCCAGCGGAGUGUCCCAGACGGAGGAUCCAGCUGCAGACUCUCACACGGAGCAGAGAGAUGCUCCCCAUGACAGCAGCAAGGAGGACCAGGCGGCGGGCAGCGAGUUCAAAAUCGUGCAGGAGGACAGCACCGUGCAGCUGUGCAAGUCGCCCGAGUCCCCGGCUUCUGAAUCCAAGGUCCAGGUGGAGGAGCACGGCCACCGAGCUGCGUUCGUCCCACCCGAGGGAGGUUUCGGAUGGCUGGUGGUUUUUGCAGCAACCUGGUGCAAUGGCUCGAUCUUCGGCAUUCAAAACUCUUUUGGCAUCCUGCACAUGAUGCUGGUGAAGGAGCAUGCAGACCCAGACGACAAGACGGCUCAGUUCAAAGUGGCCUGGGUCGGAGCCCUUGCCAUGGGCAUGAUCUUCUUCUGUUCGCCAGUGGUCAGCAUGUUCACAGACCACUUCGGCUGUAGGAAGACGGCUGUCAGUGGAGCGACGCUGGCUUUUAUAGGGCUGCUCAGUACAUCCUUUGCAAACUCCUUGGGCCUUCGCUAUUUCACAUAUGGCAUACUGUUUGGCUGUGGCUCCUCUUUUGCCUUCCAGCCCUCGUUGGUUAUCCUUGGCCACUACUUCCGCCAGCGUCUGGGCCUGGCCAACGGCGUGGUGACAGCUGGUGCCAGCCUCUUCUCAAUGGGCCUCCCAGUUUUUCUCCAAAAGGUGGUGGGACCUCUAGGCCUCAGCAGGACCUUCCAGAUCCUCAGCCUCUUCAUGCUGGUCCAGGCCCUCCUGGCGUUACUGUUCAAACCUUUACUGCCUGCUGGAGGAGGCAUGGGGCCCCCUGGCAUGGGUCCUGGUCCUGCCAAACCCCAAACCCAGCCAGGGGCCACUGUUCAGGGGGGGAGUAAGUGGAGCAGGGUCCUGGGUGGGGUCAGGAAGUACUUCAACCUACGUGUGUUUCACAUCGUCACAUACCGAGUGUGGGCGUUUGGAGUCGCCACAGCUGUACUGGGCUACUUUGUGCCGUAUAUCCAUCUGAUGAACUUUGUGAAGGAGCAGUUCAAAGGGACCCAGAAGGAAUGGGUGCUCCUGGUCUGCAUAGGAGCUUCAUCUGGGGUGGGACGCCUCACUUUUGGCAAGAUCGGAGACCACAUUCCUGGUCUUAAAAAGAUCUACAUGCAGGUGGCGUCCUUCUUGGCUCUGGGCCUGAUGUCUAUACUAAUUCCUCAGUGCUCGGUGUUCGAGGGUCUGGUGGCGGUGUGCGUGUUCCUGGGGCUGUGUGACGGCUGCUUCCUCACCAUGAUGGCCCCCAUAGCGUUUGAGCUGGUCGGGCCCAUGCAGGCCUCGCAGGCCAUAGGAUACAUUCUCGGCCUUAUGUCUCUUCCCAUGACUGCGGGUCCACCCAUUGCUGGUCUGCUACGCGAUCACUUUGGAAACUACACGGUGGCCUUCUCCCUGGCCGGGGUGCCUCUUAUGGUGGGGGGCGUGGUGCUGUUCUUUGUGCCCCUGAUACACCGCAGGCUCCAGGCAGCGGCGUCACCAGAGGAGACGUCCACAACUGCCCACAUGCUGCCCACAGCCUCACCAGCGGGGGAGCCCAAGAGCUGCUCCAAUGGAGACAUCCUGCCGGGCUACACUGACGUGGAGACACACAUUUGAGUCGCACCGUACAAAGGGAUUCAGCCCACCAGCACCUUUUCUCAUGCUUAGAUUUCCCUCCUCUCAACCAUGGACUUCCUGUCGGCUGACCUGUAACCCUCUCACCCUCCUGGACUCUCAUGGGCUGUUUGUUAUUUUCACGUGGAGAGAAAUCGAAAAGGGCGCUCUGGCUGCAAGCCACAGAGAGGACGAGAAGAAGGCACAUCAGCGUAGGAUGAUGAUGGGAAUAUAUGAGGGGGAAAGCACAACACAGUCUCAACUAUGAUUGUUUAAUCAGUGGGGACUCUGUAGUAACACGUACCUCCAAGAGGAAAGAAAUGAAGAGAUUUUAACCGACAGUGGUUUCUGAUUUCACUGCAUUUAUUCAGCUACUUUUGCUUUUUGAAGCUCUAAAAAUACUUUGCUUUGUUUCUAGAUUCCAUAUAAACACAUGGUUAAGAGGCAUAUAAAAUAAGAAUUAGGGAAGGGAUACAUUCACACUUUCUUUGAGUAGUACCUCAUGCAUCUGAUUUUUUUCUUAACAUAAUGCAUUUAUUUGUGUAGAUGAAUAACAAUCUCAUUUUGAGUUUAUUCAACUCUGCUGUUUCUGCUGGGACAGCUACAAGAGAAGCAUCGCUUGUAAAUGUCACAGAAGUUAUCAGCGAUCAGACACAAUCACCUCAACUCAACAGCACACUGUACUCACAUCCAGGGUCCAAAAUACUUCAGCAACAUGACUUCAACUGCUUUACCGGCUUGCCUGCAUGGCAGACAGAUGUGUGAUUGUGGCAGCUGGUGAUUCCCACUGAUUCAUGUCACAAACCCCCUUGGAUUUUUUUUCACUGUUUGAAUUUAGGUCAGUGACUUUGCUGCUUGUGGCAGGUUGAAGGGAUACUUUAUCCCUGAUAUGACCAUUUGUUUAUCAUUUAUUCACACAGUUGUAUGUUGAAUUUGUAAGGAAAAAUUCUCGAUGAACUGAAGUCAAAGGGGUCGGCAUUUAACAAGAGCAAAACCACAUCAACAUCCCUUCACAAACUCUUACACAACUUGUGCAGUAUAAUGUCAUUUGUCCAGUCACAUGCUCAGAGCAUCCCGAACAGACAGAAGUUGUGUGAGAUUUUGUGUUGAUACAGUUUUGCUGUUGUGAAACGAGGUUGCCUUUGACUUAAUUUUUCUCAAAUUUCUUAUUCUUCGUUAAUCAUGGAUGCAUCUGAGAAAAAAUUCACAAAAUUCUUUCUGAAUUCAGUGUAACACAGGGUGAGUAACUGAUAUAUAAAUAUUCAUUUUGGAAGUCGAAGUAUUCCUUUAACAUAUGCAUUCAGUAGUGGUGAGCUGUGAGAGCUGUGUAUCUGCUGCCUGAUAUUAAUGUAACUUUACAGUUGGUACAAGGUCUUCUCAUGAGUCUGUACAGCCUUAACUCUGUUUUUUUUCAAUCAUCACUCUACAGUUAUUAUUGGCCUUUUAAAGUUUCAGCAGGGUGCUAGACAAAUCUACAUAAACUGUUUGUUACGGCUUUGACAGUAGUUUUUUGCAGUGUGCACGCUGAGUUGGAAUCAUGCAGUCCUAAUGGGAGAUUAACAGCUGUUGGUAGCAUAGGUUUUCAUCAAUUUCAGACUUGGAUCAUUUUGUUUAGAACCUUUCCUCUGUGUGAAAGUUUGGCACUUGUGCAUCUGCAUUUAUGACAGUAGAGGCAGUUACGACAUUGCAAUCAGUUUAUGAGAGGGGACUACUGAGAUCGAAGCUGCCAAAUGGCCCGAGACCUCAUCAGGCCAUCUCACAGAUAAUCCACUCAAUUUGCUGCUUUAGUUUAGCUCCGUGUCCUGAGGGCAUCACUCACUGUGUUGGCAGUAACGAAACAAAUCGAUAUAGUCCGUGACGAGGACAGUUUGCAGUUAUUAUUUUUGGUAAACAUUUGGACCACUUACCUCUGCACUCUUAGAUUACAAGUUCUUUUGAACUUUAAUGAACAGAUGUAAAAUAGAGCUGCAAUAAUCGACUGUUCAAGUUACACUCUGGUUAUGCGCAUAACUGAAUAGCACAGAGGGGAAUUGGUACACACAGUCAGGAAGGAAAUGUUCCUUUUUGUCAAUCCCCCUCUUUGCUGUCACUGCCAUUAUUAGGUUGGUGUCUGUGUUACAACUGUUUAGAACCUGAAAGCUACACAAACCUCACUGCUGAGUGUAGCUUUUUUGGUAAUGUUACAAACAAGUCUGAAUAGGAAACAUACAUCUAUACCUCAGUAAUCAAACAAUCCUCAGCAAUCCAGUUGAACAAGUUCUUCAUUACUUUAAUUUCACUCUUCUGUGUCGUGGUUUUGUUGUUGGAAUCAUGUCUCAGAGCUGCAAAGCUGCCAAACGCCUGUUUUCAAUCACCGUUGCUUCCUUGGAAACCUCAUUAGCGUCUGUUAAGGAACCACAAAACUGUGGCAAUGUCAAACUUCCAUUCCCUAUAAUCUUACAGUUGGUGCAUAAUCCAUGUAGACAUUUACCCUUCAUCAUUAUUUUGCCUUCAAAUCCAUUUGCUCCUUUGUUCUUGAUCUACACCAUUCCUGCUCUCUCACCUCUCCCUCCAUGUUUAGUGGUUUCUCUGUUCUAAAGCCUCAUUUCUCUCUCUAUGUUUGAAGAAACGCAUUUAUAUAAAUGUCUAAUAUCUCCAACUAAAGAAGAUAGAGACACUAAACUAUAAUAAGUGGAGACCCAUGUGAUGGUGAAAGCAUGUUUGAGAGUAAAAAACAUCGGCUUCUAGUUUGGCUGAGGAAGUGUUACAUUUUGUUGGCAGUGCAAACAGUUGUUGGCACUUUUCGCAGCUGUUGCUAGCAGACAGAAACAAAAUGUAGUGGUAAUUAAACAGUACCUGGCUGCCUGAAUUGUUCUCAAACAAGCCAUGUAAGCUAACCAGCAUCAUAAAUUGUUAUUACAGUCGGAGUUUCAUCUGCCUCCAAUCAAAAUCACAUUAACCUGAACAUAUAGCUCCUGCACAGUAAUCUGACUAAAAAAACUGAGACCAAUUCAAUCUAAAAAAAAUAACAAGGCACUUUAUUUUAAAGUAUUUUUCUAAAGGGCUUUAUGUGACCGAAUCAAUAUUCUCCUACCCACUGACGUUUUUAAAAAGGUUGCAGGAGAUGCUUUUUAUAAAAAUGCAUGAAAAAUCAGUAAGCCAAAGCUUUAAUUCCACAGCAUCCACUCACAAUGUAAAUAUGACAUUUUUAAAGAGGUAAAAUAAAAGAGGCAACAUUUGAUAAAUAACUGUUACUGUGCCGAGUAUUAGUUACAAGUUGCACUAGUUUAUUGCUGUCAAACUAGAGGCCUGUGUCCUGCAAUCGGGUAAAUGAAUGAGUGAAUGAAAAAAACCACAGAGGGCCUCCCCUCUGGCGGCCACAUUGGAGGACCUCAGCUUUUCGGUUAACAAAGGCUGCAAAGGCUGAUUGUGUGUCUAUGCACAAAACGUAUCCGUCUAAACAACAUUAACUAGAAUGGUUUUGUUUUUGUGUUAUUUUUGACUGUGAAAUCCAUCCAUUUUUCUUUGUGUUAAAUGUAUCACCUUUUUAGCUAGCAGCUCAAUGUGUUUUUAAAGAGGAGAUGAGGACUAGAAAAAAACUUUUGAGGCACAGCAGUAACUUCAAAUCUCAAUCCAUUCGCCAGAGUAAAUGUCGACAUUGUACAUUUCUGCAAACCAAGGAUAUGUAGCAUUUGUACGUUACAGUGUUGAAACUUUAUGAGGGUUUCCAACAUAUUCAUUUAUUUGGGGUGGCCUGCUAUUAUUAAAACAUCUAUGGCCACAAAUAGAUUCUCUAUUUUUAGAGCUGGGCUUUUUAUUAGGAGCACUAUUGAAAUAUAUAUGCAAUUCAGUUUGGCAUUGCAGUACAAUCUCGUAGUGUAGAGUGUAUUCUGGGCACAGAUGGAGCAGCAGAAAGUCAGGCGCACUGAAAGUGACACUUCACCGUUUAUUCUGUUGGGUCUAAAAUAUUGCUCAUCUCAUUCAUCGACCUGAUCGGAUCAGGUCUGAUAGGAUCAACAAAUCAGUUACAAGCUGUUGCUGAGGAAGAAAAUAACUCAUGGAGAGCUCCACCUGCACUGUUCUUGGACCUGCAAAAACCUCUGAAUUUAGAAAGGGGACACAGAAUGAUACAAAGGGACACACAUGCAUAUCAGCCACUGCCACACAUACACCCUGUGUUUGUGUGUGGGAAACACUCAUUACAGUUCUUUAUGUAUUAACAACACUUUAGUAAACGUGUGUUUAUUUUAAGGCACAAAAACCUCUUGGUUAUGGUUAGGAUCAUUGUCUGGCCUAAUAUACCCGGUUUUGGUAGCACAAUCCCCACCAAAAAUCAUCUGUUGGUUUUGAACAGUGGUCUGCUGCUGUCUUGCUUCGAUGCCACGUCCUCCACUAUCCCUUUCUCUUAAUGAUAACAAAGUCAGCUCACAUACUUUUUUUUUCAGAAUUAAGUCACUUUAAAAACAUUGAUAGGAUGCGUGUGAAACGUACGAAUGUAACGUGUCAAUGGUUUGCAGAAACUUAAAAUGUCAAUGUUUUUUUUUUUUUUUUUUUUUCGGCGAUUGGGUUGUAAAUCUGCCUUACAGUUACUGAACCAGCUGUGAUCCACCAACACCAGAUUUGAUCAGAGUUGCUAAAUUUAAGAAUGUAUAGUGCAUUUUUCAGAUCUUAUCAUGACUUUUUACUCAGUAUUGUUCUGUGUUUUUUUUUUUUCAUUGUUAAUCCUGGAUAUUUUCUUAACAGCCUCCUCACUUGAGUCAGACACCCAGUUUCUGGUCAGAACCAGCUGAGUGUUUCUUUGUUUUUUCUCAGUAGAUUCAUGUAAAGAAAUCUGACAUGUAUCAACAUAUGUACUUUAUAUACUUUGUAAUGGUUUUUAAUUAACCAUAAACUGUUUUAUUGUUUUUAAAAAUUGAUUUUUAUGUGUUGGCGUUUGUAGUGAUACACUUCAAUGACUACUGGAAACUGUUGAGUUGGUUUAUGUGCUCAGAUUUGAUAUGAAAUGUAGAAGUGAAGGAGCUGAAUGAAUGAAGAAUGAUACAGUACGUCUGGAUGGUUGCACAGUGUCUGUGGAACCAGUGUUGGGCCUGCCAAAGUCUAUUUGUCUAUGCAGCAUCGCUGGGCUCGCGGUCCACUCCCUGUGACCGCUUCACUUUACUGAAGUUAAACUCGAAACGAUGAAUGUUUACUUGGAUUCCAAGUUUGCAUUUGUCUGCUGUAGCCUGCAGUAGUUUCAGGACCAGUUAAAAGUAAAGUAAAGCCCCUUAUCUAAAAUAUAUACUACUAACGACACUACUUACUGUUUUUGAAGAAUUUUUGUAUAAUUAGCAUGUUUUCAAGCUGUUGUUGGACUUAAAGCUGUUUUCCCUGACAUUCAAAAUGAUAAAAACUUAAGGGGACAGUUCAACCGAAAAUCAAAGAACAUAUUUUUCUUUUUACCUUUAGUACUAUUAAUCAUUCUAGAUAGUGUGAUUUGCUGAGUGUUGGAGAUAUCUGCCGUUGAGAUGUCUGCCUUCUCUCCAAUAGAAUGGAAAUAGAUGGCACUCGGCUUGUUGUACUCAAAACGUCAAAAAUAUACAUUGAAAAACUCAAUGUCUUUUUCCAGAAAUGAUGACCCACUUACUUAAGGCAAUCCAGAGAUCUUGUUUGUGGUUUCUUGUUGGAACUAUUGUUUUUAUAAACCAAACUGUACCGUAUCACAGACGGAAGAAAGGCUGUCCUGAAUACCAAUUUUGGGGUGAUAGUUUGGAUAGUGUUGCAACUAAAAUACCAUGAAAAUACGCCACUUUGUGAGCAUGCAUGCAGUAACAUUAGCCAUAAUAGCUACAAAAAAAUUGAAAAAAAGUAAAGCUGUUUUUUCAAUUUUCAGGUGAUUUUCUAAGCUGUUUGCCGAUUUUUGUUUGACCUGUGGCAAAACUGGCACUUGACUUUUUGCAGGUCAUCUUUGUAAAUUUUUAAACUAUUUCAGACACUUGAAUUUUUUUUAACAUCUUGCGAGUGAAUCUGUAAGCCCUUCACAAGUAGCCAAACUGUCAAAGUCACAAAAUUGCACCUAUCACAAAGUUUAAAUGUCCUUGUCUUAGAAUAACCACUCAGAGUUGUGAUGGACUUUAUUUCUUAAUUUAUGGGCAAUGUGGGAUUUUUGAUGUAAUGGUAUAGAAAAAUAGGGCAUUCAAAUAUGGGUUUGGACAUUGAAUACCAUUGCAAUGAUUGAAGCGCUGAAGCAUCCAGGUCAAUCCUUGAAGCAUCUACUCAUGGAUGCAAGAUGUAAACAAUAAUGGCCUCCUCUUAGGCUUAGCUGUAGUGUCAGCAUGCUCACGGCUGGCAGGUGAAGUUUUGUGAAAGAAAUUAGUUACAUUAAACUGCCCACAGCAAGGUCUGUGGAUUAUCUUGAGCA